ACUGCAGAGUCUCUGUUGCAGUUUCAAAGCAGCAGGAUGCAGAGUACUGUUCAGGUUUUCUAGUGGGGUCCUUGAAAGGGAGGACUUUGAAAUUCAGACAGUCUCUAAAGAACGAGAAAUAGGAGGAGUUACAGUACCUGACUUGAGGCUCCUGUUAAUCAAGUGCUGCGCUGUGAGGAAAAUAAUUUUCAAGCGUUAUGAAGGCGGAGAAGGAUCCUGAAGACGAAGAAAAUAUCCUUAGAGAUCCAAGCUAAGUGUAGCACAGCAUGUGAGGGACUGAGUCACCCCACUCAUUAGGCGUUUGUGUGAAGGCUUGCUUUGUGAGCUGCAGAGAUUUGUAACUUAAUGCGGAGUGGUUUGCCGUUAGCAACAAGAAACUAAAUCCUGUCUAUGAUGAGCUGUUGGUUUUCUUGUGCUCCUAAGAACAGACAUGCAGCAGAUUGGAAUAAAUAUGAUGACCGGUUGAUGAAAGCUGCAGAGAGAGGGGAUGUAGAAAAAGUAUCCUCAAUCCUUGCUAAAAAGGGAGUCAGUCCAGGCAAACUAGAUGUGGAGGGCAGAUCUGCCUUCCAUGUUGUGGCCUCAAAGGGGAAUCUUGAGUGUUUGAAUGCCAUCCUUAUACAUGGAAUUGACAUUACAACCAGUGACACUGCAGGGAGAAAUGCUCUUCAUCUGGCUGCUAAGUAUGGACAUGCAUUGUGCCUGCAAAAACUUCUACAGUACAAUUGUCCUACUGAACAUGUAGACCUUCAGGGGAGAACUGCACUUCAUGAUGCAGCAAUGGCAGACUGUCCUUCUAGCAUACAGUUGCUUUGUGACCAUGGGGCCUCUGUGAAUGCCAAGGAUAUAGAUGGGCGGACACCACUUGUUCUUGCUACUCAGAUGUGUAGGCCAACAAUAUGUCAACUGCUGAUAGAUAGAGGGGCAGAUAUUAAUUCCAGAGACAAACAAAACAGAACGGCUCUCAUGCUGGGUUGUGAGUAUGGUUGCAGAGAUGCAGUAGAAAUCUUAAUUAAAAAUGGUGCUGAUGUAAGCUUACUGGACGCCCUUGGCCAUGAUAGUUCUUACUACGCAAGAAUUGGUGACAAUCUGGACAUUCUAACCUUACUGAAGACCGCAUCAGAAAACACCAGCAAAGGGAGAGAACUUUGGAAGAAAGGACCAUCUCUGCAACAGCGAAAUUUGACACACAUGCAAGAUGAAAUAAACAUAAAGUCAAAUCAGAGGGAGCAUCAAAACAUUCAGGAUCUGGAGAUUGAAAAUGAAGAUUUGAAAGAGCGGUUAAGAAAAAUUCAGCAAGAACAAAGGAUACUAUUGGAUAAAGUCAAUGGUUUACAAUUACAGUUGAAUGAGGAAGUAAUGGUUGCUGAUGAUCUGGAAAGUGAGAGAGAAAAGCUGAAGUCCCUCUUGGCAGCUAAAGAAAAGCAACAUGAAGAAAGCUUAAGAACUAUUGAGACUCUGAAAAAUAGAUUUAAAUAUCUUGAGAGUGAUCAUUUAGGAUCAGGAAGUCAUUUCAGUAACCGAAAAGAAGAUGUGCUUCUUAAACAAGGUCAAAUGUAUAUGACAGAUUCACAGUGUACUUCCCCAGGUAUGCCAGCUCAUAUGCAAAGCAGAUCUAUGUUAAGACCACUGGAGCUAUCUUUACCCAGUCAAACCUCAUACUCUGAAAAUGAAAUUUUAAAGAAAGAGUUAGAAGCAAUGCGAACCUUCUGUGAUUCAGCAAAGCAAGAUCGACUCAAGCUCCAAAAUGAACUGGCUCACAAAGUGGCAGAAUGCAAAGCCUUAGCAUUAGAAUGUGAAAGGGUCAAGGAGGACUCAGAUGAACAGAUAAAGCAAUUAGAAGAUGCAUUAAAAGAUGUGCAGAAGAGAAUGUACGAGUCAGAAGGUAAAGUGAAACAAAUGCAGACCCAUUUUCUUGCCCUUAAAGAGCACCUAACCAGUGAAGCAGCCACAGGGAAUCACAGAGUAAUGGAAGAACUGAAGGAUCAGCUGAAAGACAUGAAAGCAAAAUAUGAAGGCGCAUCUGCAGAAGUGGGAAAGUUAAGAAACCAAAUCAAACAAAAUGAGAUGUUAGUAGAACAGUUUAAGAGGGAUGAAGGUAGGUUGAUAGAAGAAAAUAAGCGAUUGCAGAAGGAAUUUAGUAUGUGUGAAAUGGAACGAGAGAAGAAAGGAAGAAAGGUCAUGGAGAUGGAAUGCCAGUUAAAAGAAUUGUUAGCAAAGGUGGCCCUUUCCAUUCCAACAGAAAAAUUUGAAAACAUGAAGAGCUUAUUAUCAAAUGAAGUGAGUGAGAAAGCAAAAAAACUGGCAGAGAUGGAAAGAGAAUAUGAAAAAUCACUUAGCGAAAUUAGACAGCUGAAGAGAGAACUUGAGAAUAUUAAGGCCAAGUUCGCCCAACACGUGAGACCAGAGGAACAUGAGCAGCUCAAGAGCAGGUUAGAACAAAAGUCAGGAGAGCUUGGAAAGAAGAUCACUGAGCUAACACUGAAAAACCAGGCACUACAAAAGGAAGUUGAAAAAGUUUCUCUGGAUAAGAAGCUCCUCAACCAGCAAGUACAUAAUCUAACAAUUGAAAUGAAAAAUCAUUAUGUUCCUUUAAAGGUAAGUGAAGAAAUGAAAAAGUCACAUGAAAUAAAUAUUGAUGAUUUGAAUAAAAAGCUUUCAGAUGUAACACAAAAAUAUACAGAGAAGAAGUUGGAGACGGAGAAAUUGCUGAUGGAAAAUGACAGAUUAAGUAAGAAUGUUAGCCACCUGGAAACUGUGUUUAUACCUCCUGAGAAACAUGAAAAAGAGAUAAUGGCUCUGAAAUCCAAUAUUGUUGAACUUAAAAAACAUCAAUCUGAACUUAAUAAAAAAUGUGGUGAAGACCAAGAGAAAAUUCAUGCACUCAUGUCUGAAAACACGAGUUUGAAAAAGACUCUGAGUAGCCAGUAUGUACCAGCCAAAACCCACGAAGAGAUUAAGACUGCCUUGAAUAACUCUUUAGAUAAAACUAACAGAGAAUUAUUUGAUGUGAAGAAAAGCUUUGAAGGUAUAAAUCAAGAAUUCAUAAAAAUAAAGGAUGAGAAUGAAAUUUUAAAAAGAAACCUGGAAAACACUCAGAAUCAAAUAAAAGCUGAGUACAUCAGCCUGGAAGAACAUGAGGGAAAGAUGCGUGUUAUGAGCCAGAGCCUAAAGAAGGAGCAGGAUGCUAAUGCUGCGAUCCUGACCAAGUACAACCAAGGCCAGGAAGAGAUUGUUACACUGCAUGCUGAAAUUAAAGCCCAGAAGAAGGAACUUGAUACAAUACAAGAAUGCAUCAAGCUAAAAUAUGCCCCAAUUAUCAGCUUUGAAGAGUGUGAGCGAAAAUUCAAAGUGACAGAGAAAGAACUAAAAGAACAGCUAUUAGAGCAGACACAGAAGUGUACUGUCAGAGAAGAAGAGGCCAAGAAAAGCAAGCUAGAGAAUGACAAAUUAAAGAAGGAGAUUUUCGCCCUUCAGAAAGAGUUAAAGGAUAAGAGUGCUCUAAUGGUGAAUUCCCGUGAAACCGAAAGAGCAUUAAGCAGAAAAACAGAAGAGCUAAACAAAGAGUUAAAAGACCUGUCACAGAAAUACACUGAAGUAAAGAAGGAGAAAGAGAAGCUCAUGGAAGAAAAUGCCAGACAGGGUUCGGAGAUCCUUGCAGCACAAAAUCUUUUGCAAAAACAGCAUGUUCCAUUGGAACAGGUUGAGGCUCUGAAAAAGUCUCUUAAUGGCACAAUUGAGAAUUUAAAGGAAGAACUGAAGACUAAGCAAAGGUGUUUUGAGAAAGAGCAACAGACGGUGACCAAACUGCAUCAGCUGUUGGAGAAUCAAAAGAACUCUUCAGUACCCCUAGUGGAGCAUUUGCAGAUUAAGGAAGCAUUUGAGAAAGAGGUUGGAAUCAUGAAAAUUAGCUUGAGAAAAAAGGAAGAAGAAAGCCAAAACAAAACUGAAGAAGUCUCUAAACUCCAGACCGAGGUUCAGAACACUAAACAAGCAUUAAAGAAAUUAGAGACAAGAGAGGUAGUUGAUUUGUCUAAAUAUAAAGCAACAAAAAGUGAUUUGGAGACUCAGAUUUCCAAUUUAAAUGAAAAACUGGCCAAUCUCAAUAGAAAGUAUGAUGAAGUAUGUGAAGAGGUUUUGCAUGCCAAAAAGAAGAAAGAUGAAAAGGAUUUAGUACAUUUCAGCAUUGAGCAAGAAAUCAAGGAUCAGAAGGAACGAUGUGAUAAGUCCUUAACAACAAUCACAGAGUUACAGAGAAGAAUUCAAGAAUCUGCUAAACAAAUUGAAGCAAAAGAUAAUAAGAUAACUGAAUUGCUUAAUGAUGUAGAAAGACUAAAACAGGCGCUCAAUGGCCUUUCCCAACUCACAUACACAAGUGGCAGCCCCACCAAGAGGCAGAGCCAGCUGAUUGACACUCUUCAGCACCAAGUGAAGGCCCUGCAGCAGCAGCUGGCUGAUGCCGACAGACAGCACCAAGAAGUAAUCGCAAUUUAUCGGACACACCUCCUUAGUGCUGCACAGGGUCACAUGGAUGAAGAUGUUCAGGCGGCCUUACUACAGAUCAUUCAGAUGCGCCAGGGGCUUGUGUGCUAGCAUUAGCACUGAGCAGCCCCAGUCUGACUUCUCCUCCUGGUGCUGAGCAUUCUGUGUGCAACUCUGACUCUUCUGGGCCUGACUCUGCUACUGGAAUUAAAAUAAAAUAUAUUUUGUUCCGUUAAUAGGGUUUUUUUUAAUUAGAUGAGUAUGUUACUGAGUUUUUCAAUAUCAAGUUAAAUCUUGUAUUCUAUAUAUGUUUUUACAGUUUGCAAACCACAUAACACUUUGCCUUGGACUAACUACAUAUCUUUGAGCUACUUAAAAUGUGAGCCAUCUGAGUGGUUCCAUAUGAAGAGGGGUUAGGCAGGAAUAUUUGUUUAAAGAUUUAUUUAAGAGAAAUUAAUUUGUUUGGUGACUACUUUUAAGUGUAUCAAAAAGAUCUUUUAGUUGAUCCUGAGCCUCAUGUAAUUUUAAGGCAUGUAUAGUAACUUGGCUGGCCAAGUUCUAUCUUUAUUGAGAUAACUUAAUGAGAGACUAACUUCUUUUGGAGGUACAGUAUUUUUCUUAUGCUAAUAAUUUUUAUGCCUUUUAAAGUAAAUUUCUUUUCAUAAAUGUUUUGUAGUGCUAAGUUACAUUUAGAUUAAACACAGGGGUAAAAUAUUUCAGGAAUUUAUAAUAAAGUUCCUACAUAAUCUUUACAAUGAUGUCUUAAUUUUUUUUUUAACCUGUGGUGCCUUUUGUUACCACAGUAUUUGGAGAAAAAUGAUAUGCUAGAUUUUAAAGUGUCAAAAAAUUUAUAGACUUUUUUUGAGCAGUUACUUUGACAUUUGCUGCUGUAUCAUAUAAAGCACUCAUUAUACAUGCAUCCUCGAGAUGUUUCAUACUUAUAGGAAAAUUAUAUUAAUGACAUUAAUAAUGUGAAAUACAAAAUUAGUAUUAGAGAAUUGAUUUUCAAAGACAUUUUAAGUUAGACAAAAGUGCAAUAACACAGUAAAUAAUGAAAUAGGACAUGUUUUUAGUAAAUGAUAUAACCAUUUUUAUUGAUUACAUCUCAUUAAGGAAAAGUUUAUAUAUUAUUUUUAUUAAUAUUUUAUUUACCAUUCAGACCAAAAAUUUAGCAAAUAGCUGAACAAAGUGAUCAUUUUGGCUUUUCUUUAAUUGCAAAAUGUGCCUUAGCAAAGUCUUUCACUAUCCUGAACCAGAUAUGUUUAUCCCAUCUCUACAUAAUGGGGAAAAAGGACCAUCAGAGUAGCUUCUCAAACCAAAGAAUAAGCCACUGUAUUUCUUCAGUAUAGAAACAAUGGUGAAAAAUCAGAAUUGGAUUUAUUUUUAAUUCUCUAGGUAAACACAUAAUUUACAUAAGCAAUAUCUGAUUUCUUUAAUUAUAUACAUUGAUGUCUUUUAUCCUGAGUUCUGUUUAGUAACUUUUAGGUCACCAUUGAAGCUCAACAGUGGAGCAAAGUUCUAGACUGAAUACUUGAAUUCAGUGUUGUAUUUUUCUUAAUAGGGCGGGAAGGGAACUUUAUGUGCAUUUUGUCUUCAACCAUCAAUAAAAUAUUUUCUGUAGAGUAUUGUUUUGAACCCACUCCUUAUAAAAAUUUGGAACUAGUUCAUUUCCAAUCUUUGAAUAUUUGGAGUAGAAAAUGAGGUCAAAAUUCAGAAUGGUAAUCAUUUUCAGUUAGCUGUCUAGAAUCCUUUUAAGCUAAUCCUGUUGUCUCACCUUUUGAUAUGAAAGGCAGAGAUUGCAUUUAUAACACUGAUAACUAAAGCCUUUUAUUUAGUAAACAAGUAGGACAUAGAUAAUGGAUAGUGCUAAUCUCUCUGCCAUUCAGUGUUCAGAAAGACUGUGAGAACUGAAUUUAGGGCCACAUUCAGAGAAUUAUUGUCUACAAUGUUGCAGGUGCCCUCUGGGAUAAUGACUGAAUUACUGCUGCAGUGCAGUCUUUUAUCCUUUAAUCCUUAGUUUCUCUUAUCGCUCUUAUCAGUCCUGCUUCAUCAGAAAAGCUAAUUCCCUUUGACUGAGGGUCAGUGUUAUGAUUAAAAUCAAAUAUUCAUGCAAUAAACACUUUAAAUUAUAGUGACUUAAUCACUAGCUAUACCUGCAUUGUUCCAAAAUUUAGCUUAGUCUGUUAUGGUUUGAAUCUUAAAUGUUCCAUAAAGGCCCAUGUGCUAAAGGCUUGGCUACCAGCAUAUGGUGCUAUUGGGAAGUGAUGGGACUCUUGGGGGAGGGGGUGGCUACUGGAAGGAAGUUAGAUCACUGGAGCAUGCCCUGGAAAGAGAGACUGGGAUUCUGGUCUCUCUCCCUUUUCCCUUCUCCCUCCUCUAUGCUUUCUGACUACUAUCAGGUAAGCAGUUUCCUCUGCGGCCCUGCUUCUGCUAUGGUAUGCUACCUCACCACAGGCCAGAAAGCAACAGGACCAAGCAACCAUAGACUGAAACUAUGAGCCCAAAUAAACAUUUCCUAUUUUUAAAGUUGGUUAUGUCAGACAUUUUCCCAUAGCAACAAAAAGCUAACAGUCUUUCUUAUGGCUUGCUUUUUAUUUGAAACCUUUUCUCUUGACCCUAACCAAAUUUUAUACAGUUUAUUUAUUUUUGUUUUUCUAAAUGCAUUGGCUCAUUGCUGCUUUAAAAAUCUUGUGGCUUUAGAACAAAAGCAUUUUCCCCCAAGUGUUGCCAGCUUUUCUCUAACAAGAACCUUACCUGCCUGAAUGGCUCCUGUUCUUCAGCUUGCUUUUUUCAAAGUCGGAAAGGGAAGAGUUUCAAAUUAACUUUUGGGGUUCAUGAUGCUGUAUCAGUACCCACUUACAUGUAUGCCAAAUUUGACUCAACAGUUGUGAGCUUCUCUUGACUUUUGCUUCACCUGGUGAAAAAAAAAAAAAAAA